AUGAGAGCUGCCUACCUCUUCCUGCUGUUCCUGCCUGCAGGCCUGCUGGCUCAGGGCCAGUAUGACCUGGAUCCGCUGCCUCCGUUCCCAGACCACGUCCAGUACACCCACUAUAGCGACCAGAUCGACAACCCGGACUACUAUGAUUAUCAAGAGGUGACUCCUCGGCCCCCGGAGGAGCAGUUUCAGUUCCAGUCCCAGCAGCAAGUCCAACAGGAAGUCAUCCCAGCUCCCACCUUAGAACCAGGAACUGUAGAGACGGAGCCCACGGAGCCUGGGCCUCUGGACUGCCGCGAGGAGCAGUACCCGUGUACCCGCCUCUACUCCAUACACAAGCCUUGCAAACAGUGUCUCAACGAGGUCUGCUUCUAUGGCCUCCGCCGUGUGUAUGUCAUCAACAAGGAAAUCUGUGUCCGCACGGUCUGUGCCCACGAGGAGCUCCUGCGAGCUGACCUGUGUCGUGACAAGUUCUCCAAAUGUGGCGUGAUGGCCAGCAGCGGCCUGUGCCAAUCUGUGGCGGCCUCCUGUGCCAGGAGCUGCGGGGGCUGCUAG